AUGUCUGCUGCGGGCACUACUGUCGACCCUGCACGAGCAUCGUUUGCGAGUGCUAGAUCGCAGCGUGCAUCUGUGGACAUGCCUCGCACGUCCAUGGAUCGUCCAGAGUCUCACUCAGCCAGCUCAUUCUCGUCUUUGCGUCCCACGAGUGCAUAUCAGCCAUUGGAAGAUGCUCCAGGGUCCGUGCGUCCCGCAUCGAUGGCAUUGUUUUCAGGCCAGCAUCAGCGCCUGAGUGUAUCGUCUACGUCAAGUUCAACACCUCCGUUUACUUUCAAAAGCACAGACCUGCGCAAUGCUCUUCAUCUUCACGACGCUCUUACUCGCAAAGCAUACAUGGAAGGUUAUCUACUUGUGCGCCACUCGCUUGGUGUCGACGGCCAGCCCGAUCACCGUGCAGGCCACUUUCAUGACUGGACCGAGUGCUUCGUUCAGUUGCAAGGAACAAGUCUUAGCCUGUGGGAAGCGCGCCUUCUCAACCAAGCUGCUGCAGAAGGGCGGGAAGUACCGCCCACGUAUAUCAAUGUGACAGAUGCUUUCGUCGACUACAUCGGGAUGCAUGUUGAUGCACCCUUCUCUGAUCCAGGAAGUCGCCGCACUUUGUACCAUGUGUUUGCGCUUAAUACGGCAGGAAAGAAUUGCAUUUUGUUCUGCUUCCAUUUGCCGCCGCCUUGUGAUUCUACCAAAGUGCAGCAACGAUUAUCAGUAAAAAAUGAAAAACAUCCCGAGCACAAGCCUGUGCUUGCGUGGCACCAACUUGGUCAGCGCUACUUGCAGUCAUGGAUUAAUGCUAUCCGUCUAGCCUCCUGGGAACGCAUGCGCCUAGACGAAAUUUAUACUGGCGCACUGAUUCGUGCUCGUCUUAGUGCUGUCAAGGGACCUGAAGUCAGUGACGUGUCGGAACUUGCCGUGCGUUCGCCACUCGUACGCGGACGACAUGAAAGCUGGGUCCGUGCUCGGUUUAUGGGGUCCACCGAUUGGCGUCGCUGCUGGAUGGUCUUGCACAGCCACUGGGCUGAUGACGAGCCAACUAGCGGAUUGCGCCGGUUCUUGCGCAUGGGGCCGACAGGUGAUCGAACCAGCAGUAUAUUUUCUCUACACCAUGCUGGAUCAAAUGAUUUUCACGGCCACUCCCAUACACAACCACCUUCGCCGCCAGCUGGCAUUCUGGCGUCACCAGCUGUGGCAUACUUCUAUGAAUCGAAGCGGAGCAAACACCCUUUCGCGAGCUUGUGGCAUGUCCAGCACGUGUAUGCUGUCUAUCCUUCGCGUUCAGACCUUGUAGAAGAGUCUGUCUUAUUCAAAGCAGAAGGCUCACUGCCUCAGUCACCUGUCACGUCUGCCACGCUACAUUCGCGUCAAUCAGGGUGGGUCAUGUUCAUGCCUGAUAUACCAGCAGGCCAAACGCGAGGUGCGAAUGCGGAGAUGAUGAAGUGGAUUAUUGCUCUUAUGGACGCAUUUCGGCUCUAUGGCCGCCCUGAUCAAUUUGAAUGGGAUCCGCGAAGUCCUGCUUCACCGUUCUUUGCAUACCCAAUUGGACCUUACAAGGAUCACUUGUUUUUGGAUCGAGCGCUGGCUGACUACCUUAACAUGUCUGUCGAAGAUCACCUGACUUGCCGACACAUGAUGCAUGAAAUUAUGGCCGCUCGGAUGCGCGGUGAGAAUACAAUGAUACUUGCUCCUCUUCCCGAGCUGCCGAGCACGCUUGAGCCUCAGGUGGCAUUGCCUGAGGCCCAAGCAGCACAGUCAUGUGCCGAUCAGGCAUCGGGUGUUCCAUCAUUUGGAUUCGAGCGCCAAUCAGUAAAACCCCCUGAUCACGUCGCCGAUGCUGGAACUAAUCACACCGAGCCGCGGGCUGAGAAUGCGAUAAACCAACCUAGCACCGAAGCUGAUGCGUUGAACUAUGAUACAGUGGGCAACGAGAAUGGUCCUAUGAUGCAGUCAUCACAUGCUAAUCAGGCGAACCAAGGGACCGGAGCCAUGGAUCCAGCUUCUUAUAACUCCUCGAUGGGCCAAGAAGUCGGGCAAUCAGAAUGGCCCAACCAUGCUAUGGUCAAUCAGGAGCCCGCCCACUCACAGUCAUCCAGCUAUGCAUCUACAGGUCAAGAACACAUUCAAACAGCGCAGUCUACCGGUUAUGUUAUGGGACAAGAGGCUCUUGAGCCAGCUCAGACUAACACACAGUACGAAAAGAGUCAGCCAGCACAACCCUCUGACUUUGCAGCUGAUUACUAUGCUGAAUCCUCGGUGCCAUCAUUCGCGCACUUUCCCAGCCCGCCUCAUCAACGGGAACAGACUGUGUUGGCGUCCCAGCAAGCAUCAACAGGCGACCCAAAUAUGAACUUUGUCAGUACCGAUACAGACUCUGCCCAAGGCCAAGUACACGGCUUACCCGCAGACACUCGCGUGCCUUUUGUUUUGCCAGGUUCCAGGUACGAGAAAGAGCUCCCGCAGCCAGUCGAGUUGAGUCCUUCACAUGCACAGUCAUCAGAGGCACCUACUUCGAAACUGAAAGCUAGUGCAUUCUACAUCCCGCCACGUCCAUUAGCAACGACAUCGUCGUCGUCAUUUUCUGGUCCAGUGGUGCACAACUUGGCGUCAGAUCACACAUACGACCAAGCAUACCGUGAACUCGAUCACAACCGCGUCGGCCAAGGCGAACAGGCCGUUAUCCAUGACUCGAAUGCCCAGCAUUACCACAUGUCGGGCCAAAACCCGACACUCCCUCCACUGCCGAUUGUUUCGACAGACCUAGACGACCUGGACAUGACAAUUCAAGCACUUGUAUCACAUCCGACUGGUACUGGUACGACGGCGCAGCCCUCGAAGACUGAUCCGCAAGAGUCGUCCUCUUCAGCAUAUGACAUGACUCAGCUGGCCUCAUCCAUUCCAUCUGUAUGGAGCGAAGCAACCGGCGCCUCAGCGUCAGGCUCUGGAUCUGGAACAGGGACAACACCGGGAACUGCAUCCAUGUCGACCUCGGCUACUACGCCAACACGGGGAUUGUCGGGCUCUACAGGAGCUGUAUUGCCAGCAGCAUCGGCCAAAGCUUCAAUACCGUCUGUCCCUGCUGAAAUACCCGUUUCUGUUGGUGAGUCCCAAGAGACUGUGCGCACCAUGCCACAGCAUCCGGUGAACCCACGGCAUGACCUUAUUUACGCUUGGCCUAUUCCAAACGAUCCUCAAGCAAAGGAACUUUCGCCUAUCGUGGAAGUUCCUUCAUCCCAUUCGGAGAUGUCCGCUGGGGAUCGCCCCCCUAUCAGUCAUUACAUGCCCCAGUCAUCGUUUCCUACUGCAUCUGAUGCCCCGUCUAGUGCUCAGACAUGCGAUUACCGCACUUUCUAUAAGCAAACGCCUUCCUCAACAUCGUCUCACCUUGCCCUGAACGCGAGAGCCCCACCAGUUCCAAGCCAAAAUUCGGCAUCGUCUCGACCAACAACGGCUUCUUCAUCUGUAGGCAGUGCUGCCGGUUCGUCGCCAUCGCCAGCUAUCCCUUCGACACUAUCAUUUCUUGCACCGUCUGUGGGUCCUAUUGCUUCCAUGUCCGUGUCGACGCCAUCAGGUCAACAGGGAGCAGGUACUAUCGCACCAAAUUCUACAAUCGCGGAGCAUGCGGCGGACCCAAGUUUGAAGGACACAGCAGCAACUUCGAACACGUCAGAAAUCACGAACCGACACGGUUUGGAGCAUGCUCCCAAUGAUCCAUCGUCACAGCCUCUGUCUCGCUCUGUUUCACCAAGCAGGACCGACCAUGACUCCGAAGCUUACCUUCUUGAAGAGUACAUGAACGACGAACAGACAUCUAUGCCUAUACCAUCGUCGAUACCCACCAAGGUCUCAAAGAGUAAAACGACAUCGGCGCCAGCCACUCACUCUGUCAUCGUGCCUCUUUCUACUUCCUCGUCACCAUCGACAGCUGCCCAAGCUAAGUCGCAGGUGCCCACUAUGGAAACAGUCCCCUUGGAGGCUCGGGAUGCACAUGAUGACGACAAAACGUAUGGUAUUCCUGAAGAUCAGCACUCCCCCUUUGCUUCCGACACUAUGGCACGGAAAGUCUCGCCCAUGGGCACCACCGAGGCGUAUCCAUCAUCGUUCGGGCGUAAGCAGCAGCCGCCUCCUGCGUCGUCAUCAUCGUCUCCAUCGCUAUCAUCUGCGAUUCCCGCCUUGCCGCAUGCAUCUGCUCGCCCAGGCCGUGCGCCUGGCGUCUCUCACAUGUCGCAUGACUGGGUCGAUCAUGACGAACAUGCUUCUGGCACACAAAACGAAGAGACAGAGCCUGUCGAUGCAGGGGAUGGUGCACCUACGCUGUCGUCUUCGCUAUCAAAUGGCUUUGGAUCUGGUUCGCUUGAUGACCACUCUGAGUUCUGGCUCUCAUCGUCGGCGCCUUUUCCGAGCGGCCAGCGCCAAAAUCUUCAGCCUCCUCACAUGUCGUACUCUCAAUCAGCCCCCAUUCCACACGCUAAGGAACCGAACGGCGUCUCCACUGCGCCUUUGGCGAAUCCAACGUUCGCACAGCAGCAGUCAUUGCCCUUUUCGGCAUCAACAUUGUCUUCGCUGCAUUCCAAUGGCACACCUUCACGCUCAACAUUUCUCAAGCUCGAUGAACCGCAUUCUUCUAAUUCGCAUCCUAUGACGGGGCUCCUCGCCUCUGCGUCCCAAGACCGCCUUAGUAAAAGUGCGCGUGCGCAGGAAGCAGAAGCUCGUGAGACUGGUCAGGCCCUCAUCAAUAUGCCGAGCAAGCCACCUCCACCUCAGGCUGGACUUAUGGGUGCGAUCCAUUCUCGUGAACGACGUACGCCAGGGCCUGCGUCCGGGACAGAGCGCGAGCGCGAUGCACGACACAGUGGAUUUUCUCGAUCCACUUCAGGCUCACCCCCUGCAGGUCUUUCGGCUACAUCUGCCAUGCCGCACCAUCUCUCUCAGCAGCAACAACAACAGCAAAUGUUUAUGAACAUGUAUUAUUGGCAGCAGCAACAGAUGAUGAUGAUGAUGGGCGUCAUGCCCGGCAUGUCCCGAGAAAGCAUGAUGGCACAACAGCAAGCUAUGCAAGCUGCCCAGCAAGCAUACUACCAGGCAUACAUGCAGUUUGCAUCCUCGACUUCAUCAUCUGGCAGCUCCACACCGAAUCCUCCUCCUUCCAUGUCUGGCUCCGGAUUUCCACCCGGUGCCGGUGGCCCCAUGUACAUGCCCAUGUCGAUGCCGACGUUUACUCCUGUUCCCCCACCGGCGAGCUUUGAUCCCAGCUUGAUGAUGGGCUUUGGCGUGACCCCAUCGUCCUCAUCUUCUGGUCACGGCUCACCCAUGAGGGAUAGCACUAGCAUGCAAAGCCAUCGAUCGUCUUUGCCCCCCGGUACCGGAUCUGGUGCUACUGCUUCCUCAACCUACCCUGAUGCGCCAAAAUCUUUGAAUCGACCACCUUUCGGCUCGCGAGCGUCGAAUCGCACGUUCCAAUAA